AUGGCAGAUGGAUCAUCUUUUCAGAUAAAUACACCCUCAUUCGAGGAAGGUAGUAUCAAUUUGAACGAUGAUCUAGCCACAGGGUCAGACCGGUCUGACGCCAACUCGACCGUGUACGAGUCGUCGUCGAAUGCUCGCUUUAGCAGCCAUCCUUCCAGAAUCCUGACCCACAAGCGCACGGGGUCAAUGGCGUCGCUUUCGAAUUUCAACCAACGGCAAAGUUUGGAUAUCGAGAGUGUGGCCCUGAACAACACUUUUUUCAAUUUCGAGGAGAACGGGAAAGACGAGUAUUCGCCAUUGGGGCAGAACUCGAUCUACGAGUUGACCAUUGGCUCGGAUGUCGCGCGUCUGAGGCGGAACCGGACUCCAAAGACCUCGGUCACGCUACACGGCGGAGCCACCACGAUUGCCAACAUCCACACUCCAACACACAAGGAGAUUCCGCAAAUACAGCUACAGCGGUUAAGGAACAAGGUCAGCAACCACACGAUAGAGGAGAAGUUCAUCAACAACAUAGCUGCCGAGUAUAAAAAGUACGAACAGAGCUAUCGAGCCUUGACGGAGGACUCGCUAAAGAAACUUUCGCAGACGGCAGAGCAGGCGCUCUCUGCAUCCUCAUCGAUAGAAAACUUCCAUCCCAGCGAAAAGAGGCUGCUACUACCACUACUGCUGCUGCUAGCGCAAAUCCCCGAGGUGUUUCUAGAUCCCGAUCUAAAGUUGGACGAUCCGCGCAUAUUCAAGCAAGUCUUGCAGGACUCGGAGUUGAGGCUCGGCGAAGAAGACACUAUUAUCAAGGAUACUGCAUUGCAGGAUAAACUAUCGCAUUAUUUAGACAUUGUGGAAGUCAAUUUGGUUUCCGAGAUUGAAAAGUCCUCGGACUCGUUUUUCGACGCCAUUGGAGAUAUCGAAAGCAUCCAAAAGAAUGCUGAGCAUUGCGUCAAGAACUACAACGCCAUAGCUGAAAAGCUCGCGAUUCUUGAGCAAAAGCAAGCGAAGCAAGCAAUCAGGAUUCUCGAGAAGAUGAUCAAGAAGCGUAACGUCGAGUCAUUGGAGGCAUCUGUUCAUCAACUCGAGCAUGUCACCGCCAUGACCCAACGUGCAAACAAGUCGUUUCAAGAUAACGACUAUUUCAAAUGCUUGAACGAAAUUGUGGCCGUGGAAAGUCUUAUAUCGGGGAUUCCACACGAUAGCAUAAUUGACGACGCAGUGAAAAGCAUCUACCCUAAUCUCCCAGUUAUCGAUUUGCAAACACUACCUGCAUUGAUCCAUCUACAAAACGACUUGCAAACGCUUAAAACGGACUGCUCCAAGAAAUAUAUAGAGGACUUUGUCGAGUUGUUGAUGAAAGACUUGAGAAAUCACUACACAAACGUGCCAACACGAGACACUUUGAACAGAAUGUACGUUAACAAAGACAAGACAAGAAAAUAUGCAUCAAAGCCCGUCAAUUUGCGGUAUCGAAACGUCGAGGACUCGGUGAAGCUGUCACUAGAGGAGUUUGUCAAAAAUCUCAUAAAAGCGGGCGAGCUUGCCAACGCUUACACCGUGUACCAGAAUAGAUUUAUCAAUGAGAUUAAGGAAAUCAUCAAGCUGAACUUGCCAACUAGCACUGCAACUAGCACUGCAACUGGAGCAGCAACUGCAGCAAGUGCCACCAACUCUGCCCAAAGCUCAAUCGAAUCUACUCCAGUACCCGAAUUAUCCAAGCCUGGCCAAGCCCCAAAUGCCAUGAGCGCCAACAUCAAAGUGUUGACUCCAAAAGAAUUCGAGGAAAUGCUUUGCCAGACGUAUGCCCAGUUGUCGGAGUGCUUGAGGAGGUUGACUGUACACCAAAAGUUGUUGCUUGACAUUGCAUUAACCACUUUGCCCCCUACCGCUGAGACAAACAUCAUGUCCUUGGACAUCACAAAGGCAAUCCACAAGGCCAUCGAGUUGACUCAAAUACGAAUCAUGAAGGUUAUCAGUGUGCGACUGGAGCAAACAGGCGACUUGCCGGUGCCACUUUACUUACGGUUGUACUCCAUCACAUCCGCCUACCUCCAAGAAUGUGAACUUAUAAACCCAGCAUUUAGCUUCAGCGGCGCAGGAAACGUGUUGAGCGAAUGGUUUCAAAACCACAUUACUUAUUUUGUGCAUAGGCUUCACGUCAACUCUUUUAAGCAGAUGACAGCUAGCUGUGCCAAGGAGACAUGGAAGGUUCUUGAAGAACCUCAAGCCCUUAAACGUGCUCAAGAGUCCAUCAAUGAAGUCAGUGGCUAUGCCGAGUUUGUUCAGUCCAAUGGGGCAAAGGGGUUUUCCGGUGCCGAGUGGUUAAACGCAUUUGACUUUUAUGAAGAUGACACCGACAAGAAUAACAAUAACGACAAUGACAACAGCAACAACAACAACCGGCUGCCAGUGGAAUCUACCGAAAAUACCGAAAACGGAGCAUCGCCGUCAACGUUGUUUGUUGGUGAAGACAAUGAGUUUAUUGUUCCCAACUUGGCAGUGGUGGUGGCGAACCAUGCAAAGAACUACUUGAUAGCAUGCAAAGCGUUUCCGAAUUUUGUAUACACGAUAGAAAGCAACCUCCUUCUUUACUUUAAAGACCUCAAUUCAAAGACAUCGCAAGCUGUGUUGGGAGCUGGCGCAACUCGAACCGCGGGACUAAAACACAUUACAACAAAGCAUUUAGCAUUAUGUAUUCGGUUUAUCGAAUUCAAUAUAGCAUACCUUCAAAAAUUGAAGGGAGCGUUCAAAGAAGCCAAACCACAAGACGAAGACGAGAUGACGUUUGCUAAAACGAUUAGCAACUACAAAGACCAUGAGACUGAGUUAUUCGCCAAGAUUAUCACCAUUAUGCAAGACAGAACCGUUUUGGGUUGUAAGAAGUUGUUGAGCAUUGAUUGGUCGGUGCCGCUCAAACACCCGCAGCAGUGCCACGGCUACAUGGAGGAUUUAGUGCGAGACACGUCCACCGUGGCCAAGGUUUUGAUGAAGUACUUGCCGGAAUUGAAGUACUCGCUUGUGUUGCUGCAAAUCUUUGAUAGCUACAAGAGACUCCUCGUUGAAAGCUACUGCACCAAGUUGCCCGCAUUCAAGGAUUUCAACGAAAAGCACAACUUGUUGCGGGACAUUGACUAUUUCAGGGUCAAGCUUGGCGAUUUGCCCGGGUAUGGAAAUUCGGGACAGGUGAUUUGGGAGAAUGUCAAUCUGAUGCCGACGGAAGAAGACGUUCAAAUGGAGGAAAAGAUGAGACAAAGUGCAGACCUUGAGAAAAAGAAUAGGGAAAAUAAGGAGAAGAUGGAGAAUAAGAAGAAGAAUAUGGUACAACAAGCAGAGACGCCAGCAGCGACGCCGGUAGCGACCGCCACUCCAUUAGUGGGGAGGCUCUUCCAAGGGUUGGGUUCAGGUCGAAGCUCAUUUGAGCAAAGUGCAAUCCUGACGAAGGAAAAUCUUGCCGUUAGUGAUAAUAACGGCGAGAAUCAACAACGGGCGUCGAUUGACUCUGCUUUGGAAAAUCCCACGAAACUGACAUCACCGAUAGCUGAAGCAGCAAAACCAAGAGAGAAAGAGAUUAACGCAGAUGUGGUAAUUACUGCAGAUGAAACUGUCACUAAGCCAGCCGAAACGCUAAAAAAGGACGAGCCGGAUGUUUUGUUUGACAUCAAUCAGGAAUAUCUGGAAAUUUCAUCAGGAAUCGAAGAGAAAGAAGACGGGGAGUCUCUGGAAACCAAGGACAAGGAUAGCGUUGCAAAACUGGAAAACGUGGCAGUAGAUGGAAAGCAGCGUCCUGGCUCAGUAGAGUUGGACGAGGCGAAAAAAAUUGACGCACAAGCAGACGAUGGACCUAGCGAUGUGGCAAAUGGGGAGCCAUCGCCAGUAAAGGACGAAAAUGUCCCUGAAAAUGUCCUUGAAAAGGAGGAUAAACAAGCUUCAAAAGGGGCACCGGAAAUUGAUUCGCUGGCGCCAAGGAGUCAAGAAAGUAGCGAAGAAUCACAAUCGUUCAAAACUGCCCCUUCCGAACCCGCAGAACUGAGAGGGUUGGCGCAGCAAGAAGAAGAUACUCCACAAGUCUCGCAAGAGGUGGGUAACUCUAAGGUUGAGGCUGACGCUGAGGCUGACUCGGCUCAUGAGGAACUGUCCGUGCCCGGCAAAAUCAAUAGCGUAGUGGACCAGCAACCUGAAGUAAGCGGAAAUGCCGAGGGCAAUUUUGCUUCUAAUGAUGAGACCAGCCCGCAAAAAACAGACACGAUCGAAAACAACAACGAGGCAAAAUCAACAGAGGGAGCAGAAAAGGAACCAAUUGAUGAGCCGGUCGACGCUUCCAAACAUGACCAGGUCAUGAAAACCGAAAAUGACGCAGUUGAUAGUGCUGCCAAACGGGGAAGCGUUGAAGAGAGUCCUGAAGCGGGAAAGGAAAGCGAUCGAUUGGAAAGGGAAGAGCAAACUGCACACCAAGAAAAACCGGCCAAAGAAAACUUGCCAAUCUCCCUGGAGGCUAAAGAAUUGAAUGUAGAGGAAAGCGCAAAGCAGGUUGAAGAUGAUGAAGAAGAAGGAGAAGGAGAAGAAGAGGCCGAUCUUGAUCCAAAUCAACCUCCAGCUAAGAGCGAAUCUGCUCCUACCAAACUGCCGGGUCUCACCAAGAACCAAAAAAAGAAAAAGAAUCGAAACAAGAAGAACAAAAAAAAGUAA